AUGGUGAGAGUCGAAGACAGCAGUUCGGAUGGACGACGAGGUUCACCAAGCGAAGUAUUCUCGCAGGAGAUCAACGAUGCGCACCGUAAACGAAGCAAUCAGUCAGGAUUGAAUCGAACAGUCGCUAUAAUAUGUGCUAUAUUAGCCACCGUAUUUCUUCUAUCCACCAUAGCAUUAGCAAUCCUUGUUGGCAUGAAAUAUUCCGAGGAUAACGUACAUCUGGAGGAUACGUUGAACAAACCACAACAAGACGAGCAACUUCAUAUUAAAUGGCCACAACCUUCUGGUAGUUUGUACGCCCACUUCAGAAAGGCUGCUGUAGCGUCAGAUCAUGGACUGUGUUCGGAAAUAGGACGGGAUAUAUUGAUUGAUGGAGGAAAUGCUGUCGAAUCGAUGAUCGCCGCGCUACUUUGUAUAGGUGUUGUAAACCCACAAUCUAGUGGAAUAGGCGGAGGAUUCAUUAUGACGCUCUACAACAGUUCUACCGGACGAUGUCAAACAAUUAAUGCUCGUGAAUCUGCGCCAUUGGCUGCAACGGAAGACAUGUUUGUAAAUGAUACUUCACAGUCAGUCUACGGUUAUCGUUCCAUUGCGACGCCCUCGGAACUCCAUGGCUUUUGGACUGUAUUCAGGAGAUUCGGCUCCGGAAAGGUAAGCUGGUCCCGUCUAUUCGAUCCGUCGAUCAAUCUUGCUAUACACGGAUUCCCUGUGUCCAGCAAUCUAGCAUUAGUACUCAGUGAUAAGGAGAGCCUCAUUCAGGCAGAGCCAACUAUGAAAGAAAUAUUCGUGGACAAAUCAACUGGACGUGUUUAUGAAGAAGGUGACAUCAUAAAGAGAGAACGAUAUGGUUUCACACUGCAACUUAUUGCAAAUGCUACUGAUCCUGUGGAUCUCUUUUAUAAAGGAGGAAUGGCACAGACUAUUGCCGGAGAAAUCACUGAGAAUGGUGGCCAUAUCAACCAGAAGGAUCUAGCAAGCUAUGAGACGUUAAUCGAUGAGAUUCCUCUAAUAGCCACAGGGCUUCCCGGAGAUCUAGAGAUGUGCGGACCACCUCCACCGUCAUCCUUCGUGGUCACACAAAGCAUUAUCGCUGUGAUGGCAGAAUUCUACCGAAGCGGUAAAGUGGACCUUGACGAUCCUAUGGUUUAUCACCGCCUUAUAGAAGCUGAAAAAUUCGCCUAUGCACAAAGAACGAAGCUCGGAGACGUUAGAUUUGUCGAAAGUGCUAAAGCGCUUGUUGCCAACAUGAGCACACCCAAGUAUACGAAAUGGAUUGCGUCAAUGAUCAAGGACACCGCACAACCUCAAGAGUACUACUUGGGUGGCGACACGUCUCAGCCAACGCUUGAUCUAGAUGAGGUCCCCGAUCACGGAACAUCUCACGUGACAGUGAUUGACCAUGACGGAAACGCUGUUUCAUGUACUUCGACUAUUAAUCAGCUUCUUGGCGCAAUGAGAGCUUCACAAACACUUGGCAUUAUCUGGAACGAUGAAAUGGAUGAUUUCUCCACUCCGGGUGCUUCUAACGCAUUCGGUUUUGCUCCGUCUCCAACGAAUUUCAUAGCUCCCGGGAAACGGCCAAUGAGCAGUAUGAGUCCGAUGGUCAUCUAUAAUAAAAACGAAAAUAAUGUUGUGAUGGUUGUUGGUGCAUCUGGUGGAUCGUACAUCAUUUCUGCUACUGCACAGACUGUCAUUAGAACCAUGUUGUUCAAUCAAACAGUGAAGGAGGCUAUUGAUGCUCCUCGAUUGCACAAUCAGUUCUUGCCUCAUGUUACAGAAUAUGAAAAACCUGUUCCAGAGGAGAUGAUUGCUGUGCUAACUAACAAGUAUAAACAGAACAUGACAAUGGUUGAUAAGCAGAAGUCGGUAGUGCAAGGGCUAGAAGUGCAUCCCGACGGUUUUAUCCAUGGAAAUAGCGACUUCCGACGAAAAACUGCUACUUAUCCAGCAGGAUACUGA